UGUCUGCAGGUCACAUCCGCAGAGGGGGCACAUCGCAACCUGUUUAACCCCUACACCAUGGUCACACUGGUGGCAGGGGCACAUCACAGCCUGCGGAGCAGAGCCCACAUGUGGAAUCCAGUGGUCACACGCUGUCUGCACGUCACGCUUGCAGAGGUCACGUCACAGCCACAUACUGUGCCUGCCAGUUGCAUUCCGUGUCUGAAGGUCAUGCCGGCAGAGUGGUCAGGUCACAGCCCAUGGAGCAGAGCCCACACAUGGAGCCUGCUGGUUGUGCACCAUCUCUGAAGGUCACACUGGCAGAAGGGACAUGUCUCAGCCUGAGGAGCAGAGCCCGUGUGUGGGCCUACUGGUCACGUACUGUGUCUGAAAGUCACACCGGCAGAGGGGAAAUGUCACAGCCUGAGAAGCGGACCCUGCACACGGUGCCUGCCAACUGUGUGGGUGCAGGGGACACCCCCCAGCUAGCUGCUGUGCCUGCUGGUGACACUCCGUCCCGCCACAGCACUGGAGCUGGGUGGGUGACCAGUGGCCGCCCAGGCCCACUGUCACUUGAGGCCGUAGAGAAGAGCGAAACCCAGGAAGAAGAUGAGCCCGACUGAGAGGUUGGAGAGGAGAUGAAAACGUCCCUGGGCCUUGGCCUCCUCCCGGCGGAGGCGCAGCUGCUCCCGCCGCGCCCGCAACAACUGCUCCCGCUCCAGCUGCUCCCCGUAGUGCGCCCGGUAGAAGGCGUCGAAGUCGAAGGGCGGCGGGACGGGCCCACGGCGGGCGGCGGCGGGGGCCCGGGGCGGCGGCGGGGCUGGGGCAGGCGGGCGGCCCGAGGGCUUGGGUGCGGCGCGCACGUCCUCGGGGCUGAGGAGGCCGCGAUCGUACUUGCGGCGCAGGGCGGCGCUGCCCAGCACCCGGUAGGCCUCGCUGACGGCGGCGAAGCGGGCGGCGGCGGCGGCGCUGCCGGCGUUGCGAUCAGGGUGGUAGCGGAACGACUGCUCGUAGUACGCCGUCUUGAUCUGCGCCGCCGUCGCCGUGGCCGGGACCCCCAGCACCUCGUAAAGGUCGCGGCGGGGCCGCGGGACUCCGCCGCCACCCGUCUGCCCGCCGCGGGACGGCGGCAGGGCACGACCGAGACGCGUGGCCCGCGGGUCGGCGGGCAGGAGGCGCCGCAGGCUGCCAAGCGCUGCCGGCUCCAUCGGGCCGCGCCGCCUCAGCGCCCGCCCGCCGCCAUCUUGGACGCGACGGGGCCCUCAGCGCGGCGCGGGGCAGUGACGUCAGGCGGAGGCAUGGCGGGCAGCGGGCGCCGGCCCGAGCACCGCGGGCCGCCCGAGCUGUUCUACAAUGAGUUCGAGGCGCGGAAAUACACGCAGAACUCCCGGGUGGUGGAGAUCCAGUCGCAGAUGUCGGAGCGGGCUGUGGAGCUGCUGGGACUGCCCGAGGACCGGCCGUGCCUCCUCCUGGACGUGGGCUGUGGCUCUGGGCUGAGUGGGGAUUAUAUCUCCGAUGAGGGUCACUACUGGAUUGGCAUGGACAUCAGCCCUGCCAUGCUGGAUGUGGCCGUAGAGAGGGAGGUGGAAGGAGACCUUCUCCUUGCAGAUGUGGGUCAUGGCAUUCCCUUCAGGCCUGGCAUGUUUGAUGGCUGUAUCAGUAUUUCUGCAGUGCAGUGGCUUUGUAAUGCUGAUAAGAAAUCACACAGCCCUCCAAAACGCCUUUAUCGAUUCUUCUCAACUCUUUAUACUGCCUUGGCCCGAGGAUCCCGAGCCGUCCUGCAGCUGUAUCCUGAGAACUCAGAACAGCUGGAGCUCAUCACGGCCCAAGCUAUGAGAGCUGGCUUUACCGGGGGAAUGGUGGUAGAUUACCCCAACAGCGCCAAAGCCAAGAAGUUCUUCCUUUGUCUCUUUGUUGGGGCAUCUGGCACGUUACCGAAGGGCCUUGGUACUGAGUGUGCUGAUGGAGAAGAGAUACACCAGGCCAAGUUUACCAAUGAGAGGACACGGUUCAGAAACGCCAAGGGCAAGUCUGUGAAGAAAAGCCGGGACUGGAUCCUUGAGAAGAAGGAGCGUAGACGACGACAGGGCAAGGAAGUGCGAGCAGACACAAAAUACACGGGUCGAAAGCGCCGCCCUCGCUUCUGAAUUGCUCUGGACACUGCUGGCAUGGAAGAUGGCGUGUUGGUCCCUCCAGCGAGCCUCCUGUGGAUGGCACAGAUGGGCACACCAGGCUUGGGACUUGCUGGGACAGGUCAUUGUGGCUCUGGAAGGUGUAAACUGGCUUAGGUGCUGCCCAACAGCCAACUGCAAAGCUUUCAGCCUGGUUUUCCUGGAGGAGGCAGAGUGGCAGAGAGUGCUCUGGCCACUUGGUGCCUGCAAUGCCAUUGCUUAUCUUCCUGAGAGUGCAGUGAGCCAUCUGGAGCUCCAGGUGAGCCAGAACAUUAUAUCCCGCCUCCUCACUAAACAGUUAACGAGUCGGAA